UAGUUAUUUUCAUUAGACUUUUAUUCUUUAUAGUUUAAUAAUUUAUAAUUUACUUUUAUACACAUAAUAUGCAUGACUUAAUAAUCAUAUGAUACAUGAUACAUAUGUAUCUAAAGAUUAUGAAAAAUACGUUUUACAGAAAAUAAGUUCUACUUAGUUAUUAUUUGUGAAUCUAGUUCUAAAUCCAAAUACAUAAACAUAUAAUGAAUGGUACAUCAGCAUUUGAUUUUUAUGCUCAACAAUUGUCGCAUGAGGAUGGCAAAAAUAAACGUAAGAACAAGAAAAAAGCAAAAAAAAUUGUUACAAAAAAGUUUAAAACUGACGAUAAUGCUGCUGCUGUAAAAAGUUCUUCAAAUAUUGUAUUCCAUCAGAUUUUUAAACAAAAUUUAAAAAAUUCUGUGACAACAGGCAAAAAAUUAUUUGAGUGGCUUAUAGACCCUAUUAAUAUUGAUGAUUUCAUGAAGAAACAUUGGGAAAAAACAUAUCUUCAUAUUCCUAGAAAUAGUCCCAAUUACUUUUCUGAACUCUUUUCACUUGAAGAGUUUGACAGUAUUCUUAGAAAAAACAAUCUUCAAUAUGGAACUAAUGUAGACAUUACUUCCUAUGUAAAUAACCAAAGGGAAACACAUAAUCCUGUUGGCCGAGCACAGGCUCAUGUUGUAUGGGAUUACUUCAAUAAUGGCUGUAGCGUACGACUUUUAAAUCCUCAGUUGUUUGCUCCAGAAAUAUACAAACUCAUGUCUAAUUUACAAGAGUAUUUUAGUUCAUUAGUUGGCUGUAAUGUGUAUUUGACGCCACCGUUUUCUCAAGGUUUUGCUCCUCAUUAUGAUGAUAUAGAAGCAUUUGUAGUUCAAGUAAACGGAGAAAAACAUUGGAGAGUUUAUAAACCACUAAGUCAGUGCGAUACUCUUCCAAGGACAUCUAGUCGUAAUUUUCAACAAGGAGAAAUUGGUAGUCCAAUUCUUGAUGUCAUAUUAAGGCCUGGUGACUUUUUGUAUAUGCCUCGAGGUUAUAUUCAUCAAGCUGAUACUCUUUUCACGGAAACCCAUUCUUUACAUUUAACAUUUUCUACAUAUCAGCAAAACUCAAUGUAUGAUUUUCUACAAGUGACACUCAAAAAUGCCCUGAGUAAUGCCGUGAAAAAUGAUGUAACUUAUAGGAGUGGUUUACCUAUUGGAUAUCAAAAUUUAGGAGGCAUAUGCGAAUCAGAAAAAAACACUCCUCACUCAAGUCAAAGGCAAGCUUUUGAACACCAAAUUAAUAGCCUCAUAAAAAAUUUGAAGAACCAUUUAGAUUUUGAUCAAGCUAUUGAUCAGUUUUCAUUAAAGAAUUAUUACACAAAUUCAUUACCUCCGUCUUUAAGUAAUGCUGAGUUGAUGCGAACUGUAGCUAAUGGUACAAAAAUACAAUCAAAUGGAAAGACUAUAGGAAGUGUAGACAUUGAAAAUGCAGAAAUUAAACUCGUUAGAGGCAAUUGUUUUAGGUUAGUUGAAGAGUUUGUAUUAAAUGAGGACACUGACCAUAUGAAUGACGAGUUGAGAUUAUAUUAUAAUUUGGAUAAUACUAAAGAGUUACAUGGAAAUGAAUGCCAAUUUGUUGUUGUACCAGAUGAAAUGGGGUUAUAUGUCAAGAAACUUUUCAAUACAUACCCUGCAUACAUAAAAGUGACGGACCUAUGUGAUGACAAUGAACAGGUUUUGCAACUUGUAAAUGAUUUAUGGGAACGAGGAUUAUUGAUUACUUCUUCUAAUAUUACAUCAAAUGAAUGAAGAACGAUUACAAACAAUUAAACAACAAUUAUAUCAAUAAUUUAUCAUAUUAUAACAAAAGUAAUUUCUACUAAGUUAUUUCUUAUAUUUUAACCGUUUUUAGCUAUAAUAUAUUCUGUGUAGCUUAAAAACCCAUCAUUGUCUGUGUCGUCCUCUUCAAGUAUUUGAUCCACCAAAUCUGAAUAUAUUUGACAUUUAAGUGUUUUUAA